AUGUUUCGGCGUUUGUGUUUGUUGGGCAACCCGCAUCGUGUGACAGAGUGUCGGUCGCAUCAGGCGCAAAACAGGAGCCUGUCAGGCUGUAGUCGUUGGACGAGAUACCCGGAGGAGAUGCUCUAUCGGGAUAUGAUUCUGUAUAUAAUAACUUGCAUAGGCAAUUGGUCUUUUGCCUCGUUGUCCAACGCCAUCUGGCUGCUGCUCCGCUUGAACGCCCAUGUCCACCAACAUCAUGCGGUUUAUUCUCCCAGGCGGCGUCCGAUGCCGCCGUACAUAGGCACGCAGGCUCUUCACACUCUUCUCCUCGGCCUCGCCUCACCUGCCCUUCUUCCUACCGUCCUUGUCCUUCCCCCCCUCCGCCACCAUCCCCGCCCUCACGAACCCAUCCCUCGCCGCGGCGUUUAUGACGGCGAACCGCCUCGGGCCCAGCUUCACGCCGCCGUACCACCGCGUCACCACCACCAUGGCGUCCCACAGCUCCAUCACCUGCAUCAGGUGCAGCAGGCGCGAGCCCGCCGCCGUCUCGCCGUCGUCGUCGCAGUCCUGGUACGCCACUGCCGCCCCCCCUUUGUCCUUGCUGCUGCUGGUGUUGCUCGCAUUGGCGGUGGAGGUGGGGGUGGAGGUGGUCGUGGCCGUGGUGGUGUUGCUGUCGCCUCGGAUGCGCCACGCGCUGAUGUUGUGCGUCGCGCUGCGGAUGCGCUUGUCGGACGCGAGGAGGUGCGAGAGGUAGAGGCGUGCCUGGCGGGGGGACGUGACGCGCGCGACGUGCGCCACGAAGGUGGACUUGUUCUCCGUGAUGGGCUCGGAGCGCACCCACGGAGGGGGCUCCAUGGCCGCGAGCAGUCUUGCCUCAUCAUCAUCAUCAUCAUCGUCAUCAUCACGAUGCUUCCUCCGGGGCCCGUUGCCCUCUUCGUCCUCCUCCGCAUCAUCCUGCGCAACAUCCGCAUCGCCGCCCCCCAUCCCCUUCCCCUGCUCAUCCUCCUCCGCCCUCAUCCGCGCAAACUCCUCCACCGCAUCGAAGAGGCACACCACGCCCGGCUCGUACACCCGCCCCAGCACGUCCCGGAACAGCGCCAGGUCGCGCGCCCCCGCGCCCCGCACCCCGCCCGACGAGUGUUCCGUGCCGAGCACCGAGGGCGGCGCCGUCGCCGGGUACGCACGCGCGAAGCCCAGCCGCAGGCUCGACGCCCCGCCGGGCAGUCGCAGCACGUACACGGAUUCCUCCUCGUCCGUGCCUCCCUCGGGGCCCCGACCCGAGUCGCCGGCGGCAGCGGGGGCUGGGGCGUCGGCGUCGCGGGUCAGCGUGCCCUCGCCGUAGAUGGAGUUGAGGGCCUCGACCUCAUCGAGCAGCUCCUCGGACAUGGCUGCAGAGGUUGGUGGUGA